AUGGGUAGAGAUCAGAAAAGUGUAGUAGCUAUGGUUAGCCAGGAGAGAAAAAAGAAGAAGAAAAACGGUUCUCAUGGUUUUGGCUCCAUUUUCAUGCAUGCCGAUGGCAAAGAUUUGUUUCUUAUGAUUUUAGGUACCAUUGGGGCUGUUGGGGAAGGCUUAGCCACCCCUCUAGUGUUGUUUAUCAGUAGCCGCAUGAUGAAUAACAUUGGGAGUUCAUCCAACAUGGAUGGCAACACCUUCAUUCAUAACAUCAAUAAGAAUGCAGUGGCGUGGUUGUAUUUAGCUGGUGCCUCUUUUGCCGUUUGCUUCCUGGAGGGUUAUUGUUGGACAAGAACAAGCGAAAGACAAGCAGCAAGAAUGAGAUGCAGGUAUCUGAAAGCAGUGCUUAGACAAGACAUCGCGUACUUCGAUUUGCACGUCACAAGCACGUCAGAGAUUAUCACCAGCGUCUCCAGCGACAGCCUCGUAAUCCAAGAUGUUCUCAGCGAAAAGGUUCCGAAUUUCCUGAUGAACAUUUCAUUGUUCGUUGGGAGCUACAUAGCCGCGUUUGCAAUGUUGUGGAGGCUGGCCAUUGUGGGGUUUCCUUUCGUGGUUCUUCUGGUGAUCCCGGGUUUAAUUUACGGCAAGACUUUGAUGGGGUUGUCUAGCAAGAUCAGAGAAGAGUAUAACCAAGCAGGAACAGUGGUGGAACAAGCAAUUUCAUCCAUCAGAACUGUUUAUUCGUUCGUUGGGGAAAGCAAGACCAUGAACGCUUUCUCAAACGCGCUUCAAGGGACGGUUAAGUUGGGUCUGAAGCAAGGUUGGGCCAAAGGCUUAGCCAUUGGAAGCAACGGCGUCGUUUUCGCCAUUUGGUCUUUCAUGUGCUAUUACGGCAGCAGACUCGUUAUAUAUCAUGGUGUCAAAGGAGGAACAGUUUUCGCAGUUGGAGCAUCAAUCGCUGUGGGUGGAUUGGGAUUGGGAGCGGGUUUAUCGAACGUGAAAUACUUUUCAGAAGCGGGUGCGGCGGCGGAGCGUAUAAAGGAGGUGGUAGAGAGGGUUCCGAGGAUUGAUUCUGAGAGCAAGGAAGGGGAGAUUCUGGAGAGAGUUUACGGGGAAGUGGAAUUUGACCGGGUGGAAUUUUCGUACCCUUCGAGGCCAGAGAGUGGAGUCUUGAAUGGUUUGAGUUUGAGGAUUCCUGCAGGGAAGAGAGUGGCAUUGGUUGGGGAGAGUGGGUCGGGGAAAUCGACGGUGAUAGCGUUGGUGCAGAGGUUCUAUGACCCAGUUGGGGGAGAAGUGCGCUUGGAUGGGGUGGCCAUUCAGAAGCUGCAGGUAAAGUGGAUGCGGUCUCAGAUGGGGUUGGUUAGCCAGGAGCCUGCUCUGUUCGCGACAAGCAUUAAAGAGAACAUACUUUUCGGCAAAGAGGAUGCCACGGAGGACCAAAUGGUCGAGGCUGCAAAAGCUGCUCAUGCUCAUAAUUUCAUCUCGCUUCUUCCUCACGGUUACCAAACACAGGUGGGAGAGAGGGGGAUUCAGAUGUCAGGGGGACAAAAACAGAGGAUAGCAAUUGCGAGGGCAAUAAUCAAGAAACCGCGAAUUCUCCUUCUGGACGAAGCAACAAGCGCGCUAGACACAGAAUCGGAGCGACUAGUCCAACAAGCAUUGGACAACGCCGCGGCGGGUUGCACCGCCAUCAUCAUCGCCCACCGUUUAUCCACCAUCCAAAACGCAGACCUCAUCGCCGUCGUCAGGGCCGGAAAGGUCGUGGAGAUGGGCUCGCACGACGAGCUCAUCCAAAACGAGACCGGCGCUUACGCCUCCGCGGUCCGCCUCCAGCAACAAACGGACAAAGCGGAAGUAGCCGAAAGCGCAGAAACCGUUCCUCCCGCUAUUGUCCCCUGCGCGACAUCAACCAGCGCGACGGCAAACGCGAAAAUGGUGGGCUCAACUAGUGUGAGUGGUGGUGACGUGGGCGAAGGGAAGAAGGUUGGUGCGCCGUCGUUUCACAGACUAGUGUCGCUGAGCGUCCCCGAGUGGAAGCAUGUUGUUUUGGGGUGCUUAAACGCGAUGGUGUUCGGUGCCGUUCAGCCAGUGUACGCAUUCACGAUGGGGUCGACGAUACUUCUGUAUUUUCACGCGGAUCACGAGGAGAUAAUGAGGAAGACCAGGGUGUACUCGUUCGCGUUUCUGGGCCUUUUUCUGGUGUCUUUGCUUGCUAAUAUUGGGCAGCAUUAUUGCUUCGCUUACAUGGGGGAAUACUUGACCAAACGGGUCAGGGAGACCGUGCUUUCCAAAAUCCUCACUUUCGAGGUUGAAUGGUUUGAUUUGGAUGAAAACUCCAGUGGCGCCAUCUGUUCCAGGCUUGCCAAAGACGCCAAUGUGGUGAGGUCUCUAGUGGGAGACAGAAUGGCAUUGCUGGUACAAACAUUUUCUGCGGUGAUAACAGCCUACACCAUGGGUCUCAUAAUUUCGUGGAGGCUUUCCAUUGUUAUGAUAGCUGUACAACCUAUAAUCAUAGCCUGCUUUUACACAAGGCGCGUCCUUCUCAAGAGCAUGUCCAACAAGUCGGUGAAGGCCCAGCAACAAAGCAGCAAACUAGCAUCAGAAGCGGUUUCCAAUCUCCGAACCGUCACAGCAUUUUCUUCUCAAGACAGGAUUCUGAAAAUGCUUGCAGCGGCCCAACAGGGACCAAGCCGAGAGAACAUUCGGCAGUCAUGGUUUGCUGGCAUAGGGCUUGGAUUCUCCCAAGGCAUUGCAUCUUGCGUUUGGGCCCUAGACUUUUGGUACGGUGGCAAGCUAAUCUCGUACGGGCACAUCACAACUAAAACUUUCUUUGAGAGCUUCAUGGUUUUGGUGAGCACGGGGAGGAUAAUUGCUGAUGCGGGAAGCAUGACGACGGAUCUUGCUAGAGGUGGUGAUGUUGUGGCGUCUAUUUUUGGCAUCAUAGAUAGGUGUACAAAAAUAGAGGGUGAUGACCCAAAUGGGUACAAGGCAGAGAAGUUGGUUGGUGAAAUAGAGUUUCAUGACGUGCAUUUUGCGUACCCUACGAGGCCUAAUGUGGGUAUCUUCCAAGGGUUCUGUAUGAAAAUGGAGGCAGGGAAAUCAACGGCGUUGGUGGGGCAAAGCGGGUCUGGGAAAUCAACGAUCAUAGGGCUAAUAGAGAGAUUUUACGAUCCACUUAAAGGGAUGGUGACAAUAGAUGGAAUGGACAUAAAAUGGUAUAACCUAAAGUCACUAAGGAAGCACAUAGCACUUGUGAGCCAGGAACCAACGCUGUUUGGUGGGACCAUAAGAGAGAACAUUGCAUAUGGAAGAGGUGGGAAGGUUGAUGAGAGUGAGAUUAUAGAGGCAGCACGAGCAGCGAAUGCUCAUGAUUUCAUAGCGGGUCUGAAGGAGGGGUACGAGACAUGGUGUGGGGAAAAGGGGGUACAACUUUCAGGGGGUCAAAAGCAGAGGAUAGCAAUAGCGAGGGCCAUAUUGAAAAACCCUAAGGUGUUGCUGUUGGACGAGGCCACAAGUGCAUUGGAUUGUCAAUCAGAGAAGGUGGUGCAAGAUACGUUGAUGAGGGUAAUGAUAGGGAGGACCAGCGUGGUGGUGGCACACAGGUUGAGCACCAUUCACAAUUGUGAUGCUAUUGCUGUGUUAGAAAAGGGGAGGGUGGUGGAGACUGGAACCCACUCCUCCUUGUUGGCCAAAGGACCAUGUGGAGCUUAUUACUCUUUGGUGACUCUUCAGACGAGACAUGCAGCCACACCCAGCAACACUUGUACUAAACCUACCCACUCUACCAAUUGA